GAAGCCCCACUGUCGACCACAAUAGCCGAAAGCGCUGCGGAUGCACACACACAGUUGAGGCACUCGCAACUUCAUCCAACCUCCAGCUGUAACAGAACCGCACCUGCGUCUUUCCCAACGAGCUUCUUUACCCAAUUUACUACUGCUCACGCCACAGAUUCGACUUUGCAACCCCUCAAUCGUAUGCGAAAAGGUUGAAUCCGACAGAGAAUAUCGCGGCCGCACACUACCCACAAGCCAGACCCGUCGCUUCGUCCCUCUCUCGGCAUGCCCAACUCGUAGAAGACGAGCGCGUUCAUGCACCCAUUCUCCACUCUAACACUCGGCAUAUUCGUAGCUGGCUACAUCACUGCUCGUUGGGAUCUUGUUACUCGCCUUUAUGAACUUGCCAUCUUUGCCUGGGAUUACGGAGUGGUUUCUCGCGCCGCCAAAGGUUUCGUCGUGCUCACCGUUGUGUUCCUUGUCGUUUUUCUCCCUGUCGAACGUCUCGCCACCCGGGAGGCAAAUCUGCACCCGCGAUCCCCGGGUUCCGGUAUCUCGGCCAGAGAACAAUUGAGGCGGCAGCAUGAUGGAUUGAUGCGCGUAUUCUGGCCGGCCGACCUCAUAAAAUCCGGCCUGAAGGGCGUCGUUGUGGGUUGGAGAAACUCGGCACUGGAUGUAUUCGUCCUAGCAAUUCUGGACGAAGUUGAGCCUCGCAAUGUUGAAAGCGCCUUGAAAAUAGGAACUCUUCUACGAAAUGCUCCUCACCCGGUCAGCCGCAUCUACGAAUUAUGUGGCCAGUCAGCGUUACAUGUCCUGGGGCUAGCAAAUACACCCGACACUGUGGAAUUUGAUCCCCCAUGGAUUCGUGUCGCAACAGUACCGGGCAACCGAGUGCCCUCUGUCUCAUGCGCCCGAGCUUUAAGCAUUCAAGUCGUUCUCUUCGAGAGGCCCUUGCCUGGGCGGAUGCAGUAUAUCUCCCUAAAUCCCAUUGCUCUCGCCUUGGGGGAUAAGCAUGGGAGUGCCAGGCAGGACUUUCCAGGAAGUGGAGAGGAAGACGAUGAAAAUGAAGAACGACGUAGAAAGGAGAAGAAAAUGCAACUAGUCGAGAAGCUUAAACUCCACUCGGUGGUGAAACGCAUUCCUUCCGCCAAGGAAAAGGCUUUGGCCAAGAUCGUGAACCAGAUCAACUGGGCAUGGGAACUUGAAGAUUUGCUUCAAAAGAACGUCUCACGCAUUGGCACGCGGCCCAAGAGGAGCCUCAGCGUUUCCGAGAGAGUGGUUGAAUCCGCGACGACGAUGCGGGAUAUAAUCCUUGUAUGGUUGUGGGAUUUCGUCACCGUCUACGUCCUGCCUAUCAUCAAACGAGUUUUUGUGCUGGGCUUGAUGUCUCAUCGGAUUGCUGCCGAGAUACUAUUGCUUGUCUUGGAGUGGCGAGCGCGGCCAAGGUAUGCAGCACUCAAGGACAUCUCCGCCACAGCUCAACAAGUUGAAAUCCGGCUCCAACAGUUCUGUUACUGGCCAAUGCAAUAUGUGACUCUCCGAUUGAGAAAGAAUGAUUGGGAAAGCGUGACGACAAGUCAUCCCGAUUAUAUACGGUUCUACAAUAGCCUGUGGCUCGUUGCAAACGAUGUCAUCAUUGGAAUUGCCCUCGGCUCCUACAUAAUCGACAACUCUGCCUGGGUCGCCGAGGAGAUCAGUGAGCUCCUCAGCCAGUACACGGUCGAGGCAUUGCAAAGCAGCAUCUCCUGGCUCAUGGGUUGGCCUGCAGGCCUGAAACUAAACAACGAGCUCGCAGCAUUUCUCGGGGAUUUAUUCCUAUGGGUCAUUGACUACUGGUCAAGCUGCAUCGAUGCCCUCCGCCCAGCCUUACCACACAUUAUCUGGUUCAUCGGCUUCUCUAGCUUCGCUGGAGCAAGUAUGCCGAUAGCCUUGUUCUCGGAUCUCCUCUCUAUUCUAACGAUCCACAUCUACUCAUUCUAUCUUGCCUCGGCGCGAAUCUACCACUGGCAGUUGAAUAUUUUAAUCUCGCUCUUCCAUCUUUUCCGGGGGAAAAAACAUAACGUUCUACGGAAUCGUAUAGAUUCGUGCGACUACGACCUUGAUCAACUGCUAGUCGGUACAAUUCUCUUCACCCUCAUCUUCUUCCUACUUCCGACAGUCGUCGUCUUCUAUUUGAACUUUGCGAUUGCCCGGAUGGCCAUUAUUUUACUCAAAGCCGUCUUCGACACUAUGCUUUCGUGCCUAAACCACUUCCCCCUUUUUGCCCUCAUGCUCCGAGUCAAAGACCCGGGGAGGCUACCAGGGGGUAUUCGCUUUGAGCUUCGAGAUACCCAAGAUUUGGGACUUCUCGAUGAAAAUGUCUCAAAGCAGUCAUCUUCAACCUCUGUUAUAUACUUGAAAUCCAUUCCCUUGAACUUCAAGGCCAUGUUUCACCAAUAUUUUCAAAUGGGGAACCGGAUCCGCAAGCACUAUCUCUCCCCACGUGUAGUGCUGUGCCUAUUGACGGGCAAGUUUGUUCCGCCUCUUAACAGAAAGAACUUAUACAGCCUUCAGUACAGCAUGCUUCCAGCUCGGAGGGCAGGAUUUAUGGAGAUGUGGGAUGCGGUGAACUCAUUGCCAUCAACAGCAAGGAGACGGUCAACCCCAGUGUACGCGCCCGCUUUUGCGAACGGGAAGAAGUACUCUAGGUUUGAAGGGGUAAGGGCACGAGGCAACGGUCAGGCCAUUGGACAACCCCCAAUGUAG